UUCUGUGUGGAGAAGGAAGAAGAGGGGGGGAAACCACCCCAGCUCACCACCACCCCCGGCAGCUCCUUUCAAAAGGCACAGGCAGCUCUGUUCUGCCUUCACAGGGCAGGGAGGAAGUACAUCAGGCAGCUGAGCAUGCCUCUCCCAACUUUUGCAUGAGAGAGGAGGAGGAGGAAGAGGAACUCCAGAAUUCUCCUGUCUGAGGCCGCUGUGAUGCUGUAACCUGGCCAUCAUCAGCGAGAGGGAGAAGGAAAAAGGAAGGAAAAAGAGACGGAGAAAGGGGAUUUGCCGGGAUGGCUGGGCAGAAACUGGCUUGUGUCCUAGUAGGCUGACAGCAAGAACGCUUGGAGUUUGCAGCUGGCCGGAGCGGAGGCUUCCCCGGGGCUGAAUCUCAGGAUGGAAGCAGGACUUGCUGCCUCGGUUUCUCUCCCGCUGUCCUUCUGCCCCUCCUCUUCCUCUGGACCAGCUACAAAUGGAGAUGUCUGAAGUGUGGCCCUCCAGGCGCCCCCGAAGCUGAGAAGCUGUCCCUCCCCUCCCUUCUGUGGGUUGCUCCAAAAUGACCAUGGGCACCUCAGGGAGCGAAGAGAGCUACAGCAUCCAAGCCACCGCCACCAUCGCGGCCGUCACCACUUUCCUGAUCCUCUUCACCAUCUUUGGCAACGUGCUGGUCAUCAUCGCCGUAUUGACCAGCCGGUCUCUGAAGGCUCCUCAGAACCUUUUCCUGGUGUCCCUGGCGGCGGCAGACAUCCUGGUGGCCACCCUCAUCAUCCCUUUCUCCCUGGUCAACGAGCUGAUGGGCUACUGGUACUUCAGCAAGACCUGGUGCAAGUCCUACCUGGCGCUGGACGUCCUCUUCUGCACGGCGUCCAUCGUGCAUCUCUGUGCCAUCAGCCUGGACCGCUACUGGUCGGUCAGCCAGGCCAUUGAGUACAAUUUUAAGAGGACCCCCCGGAGAAUCAAAGGCAUCAUCCUGAUGGUGUGGUUGGUCUCAGCGUUGAUCUCCUUGCCCCCACUGGUCCUCAAGGAGAACCAGAACCUUACCAAAGAGGACAUCCCCAAGUGCGAACUCAACGACGAGCCCUGGUAUGUCCUGUCCUCCAGCACCUGCUCCUUCUUUGCUCCUUGCGUCAUCAUGAUCUUGGUCUACCUCAGGAUCUAUUUGAUAGCCAGGCGCCGGAGCAGACACAGCUCUCAAGCGAAAGGGCCCAACGAGAAGGUUCAAGGGGAGAAGUUGCCAAGCAAGGGGAGCCCACCAGAGGUGGCUCCUCCUCCCAAGGAGGACCAGGCCAAGCCAGGAGGGAACGUGGAGCCGAAUGGACUUCAGGUCCCUCCCCAGGAAAGUGACCAAGUGGACUCCCCUUCGCCCUCCACCAAAAACGGUUCUCUCCAGAGCCAGGAGGGCCGGGAGCCAGAGCCAGAUUCUGCUGGCAGCCCUUCUCCAUCCUUGCCGGAGAAGAAGCCAUCUUCAGAAUCGAGCCCCAUGGACUGCCUCCCAAGCAACGAUGUCCAGAGGAGCAACGGAGCACCGUCCAAGUCGCCACAAGGCAUGGACACCUUGGCCACGGCCGGAGGGGAGGUCCAGUUGGUGAGGAAGGUCAAGACGCUCAGCGCCAACCCUUGGAAGAAGAAGACCCACCUCAACCGCGAGAAGAGGUUCACCUUUGUUCUCACAGUGGUGAUUGGGGUGUUUGUCAUCUGUUGGUUCCCCUUUUUCUUCCUCUACAGCUUACGGGCCGUCUGCCCCUCAGGCUACUGCUCUAUCCCAGACAGCACCUUCAGGUUUUUCUUCUGGAUUGGCUACUGCAAUAGCUCCUUGAACCCGGUCAUCUAUACCAUCUUCAACCAGGACUUCCGCAAAGCUUUCCGGAAGAUUCUCUGCAGGCAGUGGACUCAGACGGCUUGGUGAGACCGGCUGGGGUCUCCACAUGGAGAGAGACCAAGGGGGAACAUGGUGGGGUUUUGGGGGGGUCCCUCUCUUGACACAACUCUAUAAACAAAAAACCCAGAAACUUAUUUAUUCGGGGGGCCUUUUGUGUCGACAGGUGAGGAAUUGAGGUGAGUGCUGGAACUGACGUGAGAUUUUUUUCAGAAAGUUUUCUGGGGAAGCAAGUGUGUAUGUGUGUGUGAGAGAGAGUGUGUGUAUGUUUCCAGAGAGAGAGACAAGUAGGAGGUUGUGAGCUCGAUCCCAGCUAGAGGCAUAUGUAGAAUCUCCUGCUUGGGCAGAGGGUUCGACUAGAUGACCUGCAAGGUCCCUUCCAAUUCUGUUAAUCUGUUCUCUGUCUGCGUACAGAAAUCCACACAUGGACAUGGGUGUUGUUUUUUUUCCCAAUGUAUGUUUUUCACUAAAAUGACUUUGCCAAAGCCCAAAGUCUUCUGAUUAAUUAUUUUCUUCUUCUGCUUUUGGGGCUGAAUGAAGGCUCGAUGAAAGAUUCGGCAAACUUGGUUGACAAGCCCUAUGAAUUCUUCCAUUUACUAGGGUGGAAAAGGCCAAAUAUCAGCAGCUGUUUCUACGUGUCUGAUUCUGCAAAGAGUUAAAAAGGGGAAAUAGAUUUGCUCUUCAUUGUUAUGGCCGUUGUACAUCUGGGUUGCCCUUGUGGGCAUCUGUAUGGCUUCAGCAAUCCACAUAUAUAGAAAUAUUCAAGCGUCUAGCAUGGAACCCAUUUUGAAAUAAAUCUGCAAAUCUGAAUCU